AAAAAAAGAAGAAGAAAAACCCCAAAGCUGACGCAAAAAACACUCAUUUCUCUCGUCAAAGAAGAUGAUGAAGCAAGCUCGCACUUUGCUCUCCAGGAGCCUUUGUGACCAAAGCAAAUCACUUUUCGAAGGAAACUUUAAGGUUUCGCCGUUGCGUGGUUUUGCAACACGGGCAGAUUCUUCAACUUCAGCACGCGGCUUCUCUGGCAAAGAUGCCGCAAAGCCUAGUGGUCGAGUGUUCGCACCCUAUGCUAUCUUCAAAGGAAAAGCUGCUCUCUCUGUUGAACCUGUUCUCCCCACUUUCGCCAGAAUCGAGCCUGGAAAUCUCCGGAUAGAUCGUCGUGGAUCCGUGAUGAUGACUUUUAUGCCUGCUUCUGGUGAGCGCAAGUACGACUGGGAAAAGAAACAGUUGUUUGCGUUGUCAGCUACGGAAGUUGGAUCCUUGAUCAGCAUGGGUUCCAAUGACAGCUCUGAGUUUUUCCAUGACCCUUCCAUGAAAUCAAGUAAUGCUGGUCAAGUCAGGAAGUCGUUGUCGAUUAAGCCACAUGCAGAUGGUAGCGGCUAUUUCAUCUCACUGACCGUUAAUAAUAGCAUCCUCAAAACCAACGAACGGAUUGUGGUUCCUGUCACAACAGCUGAAUUUGUAGUGAUGAAGACAGCUUUUAGUUUUGCUCUACCACACAUCAUGGGCUGGGAUCGGAUAUUGGGUCAAGCUGAUACUGCAGCACAGGGGAUUACAUUACAUCCAAAGACCGAUCUACCGCAGUUAGGAGUGGAGUGGGUUUAAUGAACGAGUGGGAAUAGGAAUGGAGUAAAUCGAUAAUGCAUGUGUUCCCCUUUUCUGGAAUUUUUGGUGCACACUAAACUUUGCAUGCUCUGUUCUUCAAACUAACAUGUCCUUUUAAGACUUGUAAUCAUGGGGCUUCUGCCCGUUGUCAUUAAGCACAUGUUGUUUUGCG